AUGGCUUCGUAUGACAAAACAGAGGUAGUAGGGUUUGGGAAAAUUGACAAAAGGUUAAGGAUUUCAUCCACGAUAUUGGCAAAUAUAGUUGUGGAUGUCCUUGUGACGAACCCUAAUCCUAUUCCUAUCCCUCUCAUUGACAUAAACUACUUAAUUGAGAGUGACGGGAGGAAAUUGGUAUCUGGCUUGAUUCCUGAUGCUGGGACGAUUCAUGCACAUGGUUCUGAGACUGUCAAGAUACCAGUUUGUCUAAUAUACGACGAUAUCAAGAGCACAUAUGACGACGUAAAGCCUGGAAGCAUUAUUCCAUACAGAAUCAAGGUUGAUCUCAUAGUUGAUGUUCCAGUUUUUGGAAGGCUUACUUUACCACUUGAGAAGACUGGAGAGAUCCCCAUUCCUCACAAGCCAGAUAUUGAUGUUGAGAAAAUUAAAUUCGAGAAGUUCUCUUUUGAAGAAACUAUUGCAAAUCUUCAUUUCAAAUUGGAAAACAAGAAUGAUUUUGACCUGAGGCUUAAUGCACUUGACUAUGAGAAGAAUGGGAUCACCUAUGGCUAUAUUGAAGUUCCCAUCACCUUUAGGCCCAAGGACUGUGGUUCUGCUCUUUGGGACAUGAUCAGAGGAAGAGGUACUGGCUACUCCAUGAAGGGAAACAUUGACGUUGACACACCUUCUGGAGCAAUGAAGUUACCCAUCAGCAAGGAGGGUGGCACAACUCGUCUUAAGAAGAAGAAGGAAGACAGAGAUGAAGACAACGAUGACGAUGACGAUAAUAACGACGAUGAGGUACACUAUGUUACUUUAUCAUGCCCUUUCUCACUUUAA